GCAAAUUUGCCGAAAAAUUUAUUAUUUAUUUUAUGUCAGGGCGAAUCAAAUUAUCUUCGCCCUAUUAACCAAUUUUGACACAUCAAGUUCCCAAAAAAGAUGCUUUGUUGUAGCAUUUCGCUGAUGCGGUCACCUUAUUAAAUACGCCUUGGCUUGGACAUAGGGACUAGCGAUCCGCAAAAGAGGCUAUCACGUCAAUUAUGAACGAAUUUCAAGAUAUAUUUCACCUACCAGGUGAGAGAACUACAGCUACCAGAGACACAGAUGAAAGAAAUUUGUGCAAAGACACAGAUGAAAGAAAUUUGUGUCAAGACACAGAUGAAAGAAAUUUGUGCAAAGGUGGAGAAGCUGUCAGCCCCUAUAAUUCCCAGCUAUUGGUGGCUCCAAAGAAGUCCACGGACGGUAAUAAAAAAUGGCGUUUGGUAAUUGAAUUCAGAAGGUUGAACAACAAAAUUGUUAAUGGCAAGUUUCCAUUGACUAGGAUGACUGGAGGCCACCGUGGCGGAGAGGUUGGCAUGUCCGUCGAUGACACCGAGCGUCUGAGUUCAAAUCCCGGCAUGAAUUUUGUGUGCUCUCAUAUAGUACUCUAAAAAUAAAAAUUUGGUAUCCAAAUUUCGGAUGGGGUACCUAGGGGGCAGCCCCACCCUAAAA